AUGAUUACAUUUCAAGGACUCAUAGUACCAAUUCCUGAAUAUGUAGCUUUGAUGUUUAAGCCUAACAAGAACAAAACGUAUUCUUAUUUAGAUCAAUAUAAAAUAUUUAUAAAGCUUGUAGAAUAUAAUUUACGCUUAGCAAACCUUCUUCCGGAUAGCAGUAAUGAAAUAUCCGACAUAACUUUGUAUAAUUGGAGCAGAAGAGAUGCAAACUUUGAAGAAUUUAUCGAAAGAUAUACUAUAGAAGUGAAUUCAUGCCGUCAAAAGGAUUUACCCCUUAAAUUCAAAUUUUAUGAUCCAAAAAAAGUGAAAAACACAUCAACUGACAUUGCAUCAGUUAACACUGCCAUCCACAUUUCGAAUUUCUUUAAUGGAUGCCCAUUAAUUUCAGACGAACAAGUUGUGUUUACACCAGGGUUCGAUCUAAUCGGUGGCAAUAGUAAUGCUACAGGCGAACAAACCACAAAUAACCAAAAUUUUGAUAUGACUGAAGGCAAUAUUAAUGCAAUUAGCGAAGAAGAAAAAGCUAACUUGCUCUUUGAAGAAAUUAUUGAUAAAAAUUUUUGUGAAUGA